UCCAAGUGACGGUUGACGAACAAAGAAAUGGGUUACAAAAGGAAGAAACAGAGAAAAGGAGCGACAAAGACAAACAAAAAUGUCGAUGAUGAUCAAGAAAAUCUACCAUUCUACCCAUCUUCCAAUUUUCAAAGCUCUCAAUUUGCCUGGAAGAAGAAGAUGAUCUGCCACACCCUCGUCACCUUUGCUUCAGUUUCCCCUUCGCCGUAACUUGUCCGCAUCUUCACUGUAUUAAGUGCUACUGUUAUGUUUGUGAAGAAGUUGCCCCCUUGCAAAGAAUGGAGUAAGUCGCCAAUAGGUCAUUGCCAUGCUACAGCAGAAGAUGAGAUCUGGAGAACAGAACGGGAAUGCAGGAAGAAUGUCCCUGCAACUAAUAUGACAAUGGCUCGUCACAUGCUGACUGUGUGCUUUGAGCAAUAUCCUCCUGAUCAGCCAGAACUAAUCAAUGGUUUUGCUGGUGGACUGAUAUGUGAUAGUAGUGGAGAUUGGGUUGCUGGAUUCUCCACGCACAUCAAUAAUGAUAUCGGCAUUCAGGAUUGCUCGGUUUUGCCUUACCUUGCUCUCCUCAAAGGCCUUAAACUUGGAUGGGCAAGAGGGUUGCGUUUCCUUGAAGUUAAGCUGGGUUUCCAGUACCAUGAAGGGUUCUGGGCAGACUUUGAGAAGGACGCUGCAACUGGAAAAUUCGAUCUUCUUACUCCUGAUGAUGAGGAUCGUGUUUGGACAAUCCUAUUGGAGGUUGAGAACUGCCUUAACCAAGAUUGGUUCAUCGAUGUGAAAAACACUGCUUCAUUUAAAGAGGAAGCUGGUGCAACUGCAUUGGCAAAGGUGGCCAGUAUUAAACCUCUCAAGCAAAUAUAUGACUUCCCUUCUCACCGCCAUACUGCAACAAUUAAGGGUUUGGCUAAGUAUGUUGAGAGAAAUCCCCAGUAUCUCCGAGGCAACACUGACAGCAGCAAUGAUUUGAGGAUAUAUGCUGGACUAGCUCUGUAAUGUAAAAUUAAUAAUUGGUACAGGGGAGUUAACCACUUUUAAAAGUGUAGAGAUAUUAGAUAUAUACAAACCUCAAAUUAAGGUAGGCAUUAAAGGGGCAAAAUAAUUACCUCAAAUUAAAUUCUCGUGCUAAGUUUUCUACUUGUCACCACAACAAUCGAGUUAGUUUUCUUCUAUUUUUUAUGCAUUUUUGCAAUAUUAUUAUAAGGUAAGAUGUGUUAUAGAGAAAUAAAU